AGUGGCCCCGCCCCCUCAGACACGUUUCCUUGGGAGAAGCAACACGGGCGGAUGACUGGCCGUGGCUGCUGCCUGCCCGCUCACACGCCGCACGUCCCGCACAUCAGCUGCGCCCUGCCCCACCGUCCGGUCGGACUUACCAUCGAACAAUAGGAGGAGCCGGACAAGCCGCCGCAUCCCGGGAAGGUCAGUGAUGGUCAGAGCGAGUUAGAGGCUGCAGCUGAGGAUGUCUGCCACGGAUUCGGACAACUCCAUCGACUGGCUGGCGAGCGACAAUGAGGAGAGCGACAGCGGAGUGACGGAAAAGAGGGACUUGGGCCCGCCUGACAGCAGCUGCAGUAGCAGCAUGCUGAGGGAGGGGGACAGGAUGAGGAAGGAGGUCAGGGAGGUCUCCAGCUGGGGAUCUCCCAGCUGCACUGAGAGACGGGACCGAGCCUCCGCCACUGGACUGUGUAGAAAGCAGCAAGGAGGCAAAGCGGAAGCUGAGAAGGCGCUGAAGAGACCCCACAGCUCGUCGGAGGAGCAGCGCAGAGAGCAGCAGCUCUUCUGCUCAGAGAAAGACAGAAUCUUCAGCGAGAAGUGCAUGGAGCUGCAGUGCUACAUUCAUCCGCUGUCAUUGAUCUUGAACGGCCUCCGUUCAGGCAGAUACAAAGAAAGACUCAGCAGUUUCCAGGAGAGCGUGGCCAUGGACAGGAUUCAGAGGAUCAUGGGUGUCCUGCAGAACCCUUUUAUGGGAGAGAAAUACGUUGAUAUCAUCCUCAAAAUGGAGGAAAUGCUGAAGAGCUGGUUCCCCAACGUCAAACUCCAGGAGCAGGUCACCGUCACCCCGACAGAGGAAGCCGUUCUCAGCAAGAGGCUUAAGCUUUCUCCAAUGACCUGCACAGCAGCCAUAAGCCCCGCCUCUGCCGGUGAUUCUGCAGCCAACGCCAAACUCCUGAGCGUCACGGACCUGACUCCACCUGAGGCCUACUCCGCCAACAACCUGAAAUGGCUUCACACAUCACCCAUCUGCUCCCCCGUGGCAGAGCAGGCCCAGGCUGGUCCCAGGCAGCUGCCGCCGCUCAGAGACAGAGACCUAACGCAGGACAGCGCCGUGUCCUCAAGCACGGACGGCCUCACAAAGACAGAAGCUGUGCCCCGAGGCCCUCUGCCAGGCAAAAUCAACGCACCCUGCCUGGAGAGGCUCCUCAAAUCCACGGACAGCAUCAUCACACGCAGGGGCAGGAGCGACCUCAGUUGGUCUUAGUCCACGAGGAGGGCCGGGCGUCCAGACUCGGCCCCGUCUUCACCGCGCCCAGGUUCUCAUUCCAGCCGUCGGGACAGACGGGAGCCUUUAAAAGGGAGAACACAGAUUUCUCUUCAGCGUGGAACAAACAAAAACGCAGCAGCACGCCCUUUCCCGACGUGACAGCGCACCCUCCUUUUCCGUUUGCACUCUUGAGGUGGACACGCCAGAUCGGGGAAGGAGAAAUUCUACCCGUCAACCGGAUUAAGUAUUGACACAAGCAAAUCGUCCCCUGCAGCUUUUCAGUAUCCGUGACCCCAACCUGCAGAGGGGGUUCCAGCUAGAAGGAAGGAUUUCCAGUCCCCCCCCCCCCCCCCCCCCCCCCCCCAUCACUUCCCUGCUUUCUUCGCAACUCCAUUUCUUAAGUUUAUGAUGUGACUGUUACCCAUUUCUAUCCUUUUAUUGAUGCGUCUUUUUGGUACAACUGUUCUACCUCAGCGAGCACCACGUCAUGGGUAGUGUGUAGGAAUGUGAAACGCUAAACUCUUCAAAUCUGGACCCCCCCUCACCAGAUCCAGCCAAACGGCCUCCAACCGCAGGGCGCACUGUACAAACAAGGAGGAUGCUCUCUCCAUGGGGACGCUCUCACGGCCUGACUGGUGCCAUUGUAAAGAAUGUCAACUGCAUAUUUGUUUCGAAGUCUCCCAGCGGAAGGCAAACCGUGCCUGUAACGUCAAGCUGUGCCUGUAAGCCGGUUCAAUAAAAAAGAAACAGAAAGAGAAGCAUUUCAGAGUACCUGCUCCUCGGUGGGAUGUACAAAUCAGGAAUUUUCACUCUCCUGCCACUUUCCUGUGUCAAUUAAAUUAUUUCGAUUUGCCAACUACUUUCUGUGGUGGAGUAGAACAAGUACUAUUACUUUCUGUUUUUGCCACAGAGCCGGACAGUGUGUUCGAGCGACAGACUGAGGUGUUUCUAUGUGUAAAUCUUAACGAAAACGUUGUCAGUUUACCCUGAAAAGUGGCCUUUAUCGUGUGAAAUUUUAUACUUUCGAAAUAAAUGUGGUUAUAUUUGUUUGAUGCAAACCUGCUCAAUUAUUAUUAUUUUGCUGUACAUUUUGCAAUUUGUGUUUAUUUUAAUGAAAAAAAAGUGACACAGGGUGUGAAGAUUCCUUUAUUUUUUUGACUAAAAGCAGUUUCUCCAAACCAUUUUUGUUGAGUAUCGCAGUAUUUUUUUGGAAAGUUCUGUGGGAUUACUUUCACACUUGGAGUAAUUAUCUGGUGGGCUGACAGGGUUCACUUGGAGAGAACUUACUUCCUGAAGGACAAUACGAUAUAUCGAUUCUGAGGCAGGGUGUCAUUUCCAGGAGCUCAGCUCUGCUGUGCAAAGUAAAAAAAAAAAAAAAA